GAUAUUCCAGCCCAUGAUGCUCAUGGCGCCAACCGUUUAAAACAACCCCUGAACGUUUUAAACUAUUAUGGAUUUAGCCGAUCAAAUCGAUGAUUAUAUUUGUACAUUUGAAGGUCUCGGUGAUAUAACAAUGGAUUCAUUAGCAAUGUUUAUAUUUAUAUGGGCCGUAUUGGCUCUCUUCUUAGUAUGGCUGUGUAAAUUUUUAUACCAAAAAUAUGUGCUUAAAGAUAAACCCGCUAGCGCCGCUAAUAGUCGGCAGAGUAGUGUUGCCCCGGGUGGUAUUAAAACGGAAAAACGUCUCUCAGAACCACGUGAAAUAUUGUCAAGUAAAAGUGAAAUAAAAGAUUUACUAGCGAAACCGACGGGUGGUAGUGGUCGUGGACGUCCACCGGUAGCCGGAGCUGCCGUCGGUGGACCGGGUGUGCGUAGACGUAUGGUAAGACAGGGUUCAACAGGACCGGAAAAUCGUAAAAAACGUUAUGUGCCACCACCCUCAAAUGUUGUUGGACCAGAAACGACUUCCGUCACUUGGACUAGUCAAGUAUUUCGUUGGCUCUAUAGUGAUUUGGUGAUUGUUAACGAAUUAUUAAUGUCUUGGGUUAUCGCACUUAACGAUACUUUGCAUAAAAACGAAGAAGAGGGACUUGCAGUAGAAAUCGUACGUGUAUUACCCGAUAGUCCGCCACCCGGUUUAAGCAACAUUUUCUGUAAUGCCGAUGAAGCCAACCCAGCUGAUAUGCUUAUUACUUUCGAUUGUGAUGCCAUGCCAGUGUUGCAGGUUAAAACCUUCCGUCAGAAAGCGGGAAAAGUUGAAACUUCCCAUUAUAAGGUGACCGUUUCCAGAUUCCGAGCACGUAUAGCUAAUGCCAUGAACUACAAUACCUUAAAGGGUGAUAUGAGAGUAGAAGGUUUUCCAGAUAUACGCAUUGCCAUGAACAGUGUGGGUGCUAUUAAGCCCAUGGAUCAAGAUGAACAACAAUUCCAGGCCCAAGUUUCAGAAAUUUUAACUAGAGCUUUACGUGACACCAUUUAUCCUGUCGAUUUCUCUGUAUAUACCACUUGUCCUCGUGCCGAUAUUGAACCCAUGGAUCUGCCUGUAAUUUAUCCCAUUCCAUAUGAUACUAUGGCGAAUCAAAUGGACUUAGGCAUGCAGCAGGGCGGAGGUUUACAGCCCAUGAUCUCGGGCCGACGCUUGUUGGUGAAAAUUGUUAAAGGUGAAGCACUCAAAGAUGCCAAAGAUCCCUUUGUGGUGGUGGAAAUGGAUGAGCCAGCACAAAAGAAUCAAACCGGAGCCAGACAAGGCAAUAAUCCCUAUUGGGAUGAACAUUUCCUAUUCGACUUGGCACCCCAAUCUGCUGAAAUCCUCUUUGAAGUCUACGAUCGCCCCGCCGAUCCUUCAGAUCCACCCAAGUUUUUGGGUCUAGGUUUGGUAGGCAUCGAUGAAUUGGCUGUGGGUCCUGCUUCGACUCAAGUCCUAGCAUUGCAACCGCGUCCCUAUGAAACACAACCUGUUCACGGUUCCAUUACCGUGGAUUUUGUGUUUAUUGAGGGCGCCGAAAUACCUGCCGGUCCUAGACCGUAUAAACUUAAGGAAGCUUUGCAUAUAAGUACCCCAGCUAUUAAUGAACACAUGAAGAAUGGUUCAAACUUGGCUGAUGCUGCCGUACGUGCCUUACAGGAGGGUGCCUUAAAUACUAAUGGCCAACCCAGUAAGAGUACACUGAUUAUACACAGUGUUCAGAGGAACUCAACAAAUCCCAAUGCAUUUAAGGUUGAAGUAAAUAAAGAUGGUCAAAUCGAAGUUAAAGAAUCUCAAGAUGUUUUAAAUGCCGCCGUAACAAAAGCUUUAGAAAGUUCCGUAGUAGCGCAAACACCGGAAACUUUAGCUGUAGAGUCGAAUAGCGAAGAUUUAGAACAAAUUAUAGCGGAUACAUCAGUGACUACAGAUAUAACAGCGAGUCCAACUGAUUCGUAUCCGAAAAAUGAGUGCCUCAUAACUGAAACACCGUCCCCAGACAACACAGGUAACGAUAGUGCUUUGGGAGAAUCCACCUCCGAGUUUGGUCAACCGAAUGCUGCCUCCUCACCCAAUGGUCAUAAUAAUUAUAAUGCCAAUGGUGCCUCUACCGGUUAUUCCAAUGGUCAUAAUAAUAAUGCCGCCUCUUCCUCCUAUUCAAAUGCCUUCUCCAAAAAUGGCAGCUUACCUCGCAAUGGCAUGUCGCCUGACAACAGUUUUAAUCUACAGGAAUCGGAGGAAUUGUCAGCUGCCGCUGCCAGUGGUUUCGAUGAUCGUGGCCGCAGUAAAAAACGUAAUUUCUUUGGUACACUGAAAAAACGUUUAAGCCGUUCCAAGACACGCACUCAUUCAGCUGAUCGUGGCGCUUUAACGUCACAACAAAAUAAUAAUCUUACAACCCCUACAGGAACACUUAACGGUGAUUCACGUUCAUUAUCUGUCGAUCGUGCUGUUUUGUCUAAAAGCAAUUCACUUGGUAAUUACCUUAGAUCCCAACACCAAUUUCCAACCGUCAUCCUCACGCACUAAUUCAUUCUACAUGUAGUUUCUCAUUUCGCUAACACUUUUCACCCAU